CCGUGCUUAAUCUGAGACCUGAGACCCCUGUCAACCCCUGAGACGCCAGGAGGUUUAGGGGUUUAUCUGCAGAGCGCCAAGGGACGGUCUCGCUCUUCUGCCCACGCGGGAGUUGCGGCCACCCAUAACCUUACAGGCCUCUCUGCCUGACCUGUCCUCGGUAUUGGUAGUGCAGAUGUAAUAUGGCCGCUGGUGCUCUGACUGGCUGGCCGCGCGGUUGAGCUGGGCUGAGGUCCGAGGCCCGUAGGCCUGGGACUGCUCCCGGCAUUCCUCGCGGGUGUGGCGUGGACUCCCUUCCCCCAUCUCCCAGUUCUGCGCGAGGGACACCCUUGGGCUUUGAGGUGAGACCCGAGGCUCUGCCGGCGGGUGUUGUGGCUGGGAAGAGCGGAUCAGCCUAGGUAGCAGCUCCUAGCCUCCUGGGGGUAGCAAGCAUGUCGUGAGGAGCGUUGAAACGAAAUUUGCUGCAUGACCUGCUUUUCUAGGGAGACCUUUGGAUUGAGGACAUCGUCAGUAGUGGAAUGGAUUUUACUGGAGGCCAGUCACUAUUGCAGAACGUUUAAAACGUUGCAGUCAUAGCCCUAUAUCGCUGAGGCAGAGAUCUGAGAUACAGUGUUAGUGUCUCAGUAAAUUCACCCAGUGCUAGGAUCUCUGCUUAGCUGUUGCCCGGCAGACUGAACACCUGUGGGCCCUAAGAAAAUGUUUGUUGCAAAUGAUCCUUGCAGACAGCAUGGCCCAGGGCUUGAUAGAGGUGGAGCGAAAGUUCAUUCCAGGGCCUGGCAUAGAGGAACGACUGCAGGAGUUGGGGGGCACCCUGGAGCACCGGAUCACCUUCCGAGACACCUACUAUGACACUCCUGAGCUGAGCCUGAUGCGGUCUAACCACUGGCUGCGACAACGAGAGGGUAGUGGAUGGGAGCUCAAAUGUCCUGGAGCAUCAGGUAUCUCAGGACCCCACACUGAGUACAAGGAACUUAAAUCUGAACCUGCAGUUGUGGCCCAGCUCUGUGAGGUGCUGGGAGCUGAGGGUCAGGGGGGUGGAGGUGUGGCUGCUGUGCUGGUUCCACUGGGGCUGCAGGAAGUAGCUAGUUUCGUGACUAAACGGAGUUCCUGGAAGCUGGUAUUCUCUGGAGUCAAUGAAGAGGAGUCUGUGCUCAAGGUGGACCUGGAUACAGCGGACUUUGGCUAUGCUGUGGGUGAAGUAGAGGCCCUGGUGCAGGAGGAGACUGAAGUACCAGUUGCUCUGAAGAAGAUCAAUACCCUCAGCAGCAUGCUCGGUGUGCCAGCACAGGAGAGGGCACCUGGCAAGCUCAUCGUGUACCUACAGCAUUUCCGUCCUCAGGACUAUCAGCGCCUGCUAGAAGUAAACAGCUCCACAGAGGACUAAACAUCCUGACCUCAGCCUGGGCUAGGGGUGUCACUUCCUAGAAGAGGAAGGGAACUCUGAGUCCAGCGGGGGCCACACCUGGCCUCACUGUGCCUCUUCCCUCCCAGCAACGCUUCCUCUCCCUCCACCUCUGCCUGUUCUUUCGCCCUGUUCUCAGCAACCCUUUCUUUGAGCCCUCCCUGGCUGCCUCUUCUCCCUCAUCCGUCAGAUGCAAUCUGUGGGCCGCCCCUCUCCCCUGGCCGCUAAGCAGCCUCCAUUGAUUUCCGCUCGUGUUUAUAGGAUUUCCACUUAGCCGUGAUCAGUAGUUAAGCACAGGAAAAUCCCUUGCCACCCCCCUCCCUUGGUCGAUGCCAUUGAUUCUGCCAGCGGCUCCGAAACCGCCUUACAGCUGAGUUAGAGAUGAGGGGAGACAGCAGGGAUUUCCCUGCUUUGGGGUGUGGGGAAUAACAGCAGGGUGGGGAAGUGGUUGGGAAUUCUUGUUAGAAAUCCAGAAAUUCUGCUUUGAUUUUGCCCCUGUGCCUGGCUCUGGCCCAGAGGGUAGAGUGCUUCCUGUGGCAGAUUAGGGGCAAAUUUGCUUCCCAACCUGGACAGGGGCAGAAGAAAACCCUGGUGGUCGAGACUAAUUUUCAAGGUUCCCAGGAAGAUUCCUGGGACCCUUCCUGUGUGAAAAGCCUUUUCCCUUGCUGUUAUACACAUUUUCUACCUCAGACACACCCAGAUUAUGGCUUUAUGACCCCCUCAGGCUUUAUUGGGUCUCCAUUUUAUGUGGGGGAAGGGAGCAGGCCCCACAGUUUUGCAGUGAUUAAUGCAGAGCCAGAGUGCCACCUGCUGGUGACUCUCAGGGGCAGGUUUCCCACUGCCAGGAUCUCGGGCUUUGGGAUAUAGGAGGAUUUCGGGCAGAGUGGAGUUACUGCCAUGUCUCCACAGGCAAGUUGUUCACCUCAAAAAUCUCCUGCACCGACUGGCCCAAGUGGUUGUAGGUCAGGCGCAGCUUGAGCCGCAAGGGGGCCUAGAAAUGGGAGAGUGGAGACCAGAGUUAGUGCCUGUGACUUCUCCCAUCCCUGGGUCUUAUCCAUGGAACUGACCUUGUUAGGAUUGAAGAUUCUGAAGAGCUGGGUGAUGGGGACGCCACCCCAAGCUGGAACUGUGUCCCCACUGGGGGCCUGCAGCUGCAGCUGGAAACUCUGAAAAUGGAAUUUGGGCAGAGCACAGUAAGGCAGCUGGCUGGGCUCAGGCAACCCCUCCACACUCAGUGGUCCCCAGAUAACCUGUCUUUGCUGUCACUCCCUUCCCAUCUCAUCCUGUAUCCCACCCACCUCUACUCCAUGGCCUCCUUCCUGGAGUGCCCAGGCCACCUCUGAAUUCUGGUAUUUACAGACCUUGGGCACAGCUGCCUGGCAGAUGAAGUGGGUGACAUCACCCCCUGAGGAGUUGGUGGUGGUGACAGUGACUAAAAGCAAAGCAGGGGAUCCAGGUGGUCGAGUAAAAGACAGAUUCAGCUGUACUCCCUCACGCUCAAACACUCUGAGAUUUGGAAUGGGAGCUAGAGCAGGGAAAGAGAGGCAGCUUGGUGUGUUGGCUCAAGGUAACACGUUCAUUCAGUCAACAAAAAACAGUGAGUACCUCUUGCCCCUCUCCUGCGCACGAUGCUAGACAAGUAGACAAUUGACAGCCUAGUGCAGGGAGAGAAGCAAUAACAGAGAAAACGAGCAAGACAAUCAGGCUGGAAUGGGUGCUAUGAGGGAAAUAAAUGAACCAGAAUAACUAGGAAGAACUAACUUAAAUGGGAGUGGUAUGGGAAGGCAUCUGACAUUUUAGACUGAAGUGCCUUCCCCUACUAAGCCAGUCACUUGAUGUGCCAGGGAAGGAACAUUUUGUGUAAAAAGAACACGAAAUGCCAAGGGCUUGAGGUGGGAGGGUUUGAGGGCCAAUGGGGAAGUGGGAUGAGAUGUGGGAUGAGAUGGGGGAGGAAGCAGGGCCUUGCUGGCCAGGGCUAGAAGUCUGGAACAAAGGGAAGACACGGAAUGGAGCCAAGAGAGAAUGACAUGACUGAAUGAACCCUUUACCUACCAAAAUGGGCAUGGAAUAGGGGCACACAGGAGGGAAAGGGCAUAUAAGCCUCACUCGGCACAGAAGCAGAAAUAGCACAUUCUCACCUUCCUUCUCUAAGACUCCUUUUUCCUGAGGCUUACCUAGAGGUGGUGGUGCACAGGGAAGGUCAAGUAGAUGUACUAAGGUGCCUUCUGGGGAUGGAUUCAGAGCAGGAGGAUGCUGAGCAUCCUCAGAUGUGUCAUCCAGGAGAUCUAACAGGUCCAAGAGCUUUGAGGCCUAGGGGAAAGGGCAGGAGGUUCAGGGUUUAGCAUGGUAGCCCAAGCAAAUCCUUCUCACCUCAAGGGCUCCAUUCUCCUCACCUGGGGCUCUGUGGGGACAGAUGCUGCUGCUUCUUUGCUUUCCUUUGCCUCCUCAUCAACCUGAGGGCCACCUUGCUCCACAAGAGGCAUCUUUUCAAGGAUGGCAGCCCUGAGAGGAUGGAAUGCAGGUGUCCCUCUAUGUAGAUCCUGUGCCUCUCACAAGAGACAUCUGGAAAGAGGGCUAAGAACAUGGAGAUGUGGGGCACAUGGUGGAUCAGAAGUGUGCUGUCCUGAUUUCCUAAGAUGGCAUGCUGUUGCUGGUUUUCAGAUGAACAGGGAGGGUUGGGAGGUAGCUUGCUUGAAUGAACUGUGUGUGGAAGGCUCUUGCAGUGGACAAUAACAGGAGAGGAUGAGACCCUUGUAGCAAGAAGGGGCAUUUGGGAAGGGCAGGGCUCUGGGUCCUACACUGCAGCUGGUGUUGGACGCACCUCAUGUGGUCAUACUUCCGGAAGAGUGUGUUAUACUCUACAGCCCGCUGCUGCAGCUCCACAUCCAUGCAACUCCCAUAGAUGGACACCACCUGGCGGAUACGGCUGUGCCAGAGUGUUGUGUUAGUUGUAAUGGCAUUUGCCCUGCCCUUCUGCUCCAAGAUGUGGCAGAGAAGGGAGAGAUCCCAUAGAGUGAGGAGACACCCAAGACACGUGGCUCUAAAGCAAGCCCCAAAGGACUGGGAGGAUAGGAGUGGUGAGGAAUAGUGCAUGGAUCUGGAGAGCUUAGAAAAUGGUGGGCAAGUGAGGAGACAUCUUCCCAGAGGCUGGAACCUCUUCUUACUAGUUGUCCCCCGGAAGUCGGGUGCUGAGCUUCAUGAGGGCUGUGAGUGCAUAUCCUCGGGUGGUUGGCAGGGACAUUUGAGACUGCAGCACCUUUUCCAGGAGUGCUAACACCUCCUCUCCUUCCACCUUCAGGUGUGGGCACAAGUAGUAAACUGGGGUCCAGCCCUACCUCCCUUGACAAGUCCAUCCACAGCGUGCCCACCAAGUACACCUCACCUGAAGGGGUUCCACUUCACAGUUCCCCUCCAGUAGGAGGUCCCCGUACUCUCCGAUGCACCAGGCUGCCACUUGCACCAGUGGUUGCUGUGUGGGAGAAUCAUAUCUAGGCCAGUGUUUGGGGUUCCCUCCUCUCUGACACUCUGAAACAUCCUCUUAGGCAGUGCAAAGAUGGUGGGGGUUUGCAGGGUGGGGAGGCAGAAAUUUAGUAGCAGGUUCUGUUCUGAUGCCUGGGCUCCCACUGCCCUCUAGUGGCCAAGAUUCAGAAGUACAUGGCCUGACCACAUGACGCAGCUCUGAGUUCCUACUGAAGAUGAAAAGGGAGAGUGUACCAUGUAUGCAUAAUAUGUCAAAAUUUUGUCAUGUAUAACUAAAAACAAAUCUUUACAAAUGGGGCAGUAUCAUAUUGGCUGGCACCUGUUAAUUCACUCAGCAUUUGAAAUAAUAAAGUAUAAUAUAUGC